GUCUGUUCUAAGCGUUGAACCCAAUUAAUGAUUAAGGUGAUAAAAGUUCAUAUAAAAGACGCAGAUCUCGUGAUUUACUUAAGAGAGAUUGCUCCAGUGCAUAAAGAUGAAGGCUGAGGGUGUUUUUUUGGUCGCUCUUGUGGGGCUCGUAAGCGGCCAGAGACCUCAAGUGACCCUUCCUGAUUUGGGCACCAUGGAGGGCUACUUUGGAGAAUCUUUCAUCUCAAACAGAUCGUUUUACCAUUUUAAAGGAAUUCCAUUCGCUAAACCACCCAUCGGAAAUUUGCGUUUCCAGCCCCCGCAACCUGUAGAGCCGUGGACUGGAAUCUUAGAUGCUCACAGUAAUAUUGGAAAUGAGUGCCCACAAUCUUUUUCAGUGCUCAAUUGGCAAGGGGCUCUCCAAAGCCGUGCGGACGACGAUGACCUGAACAAGGCCAAAGAACCUGAAGACUGCCUUUACAUUCAGGUUUACUCGCCAAACAUUGACCCGACGGCCAACCUUCCUGUUGUGGUCUUUAUUCACGGAGGAGCUUUCUUUUCCGGUUCCUCUCGAAUUUACGGCGGAAAUAAAUUCAUGGAUCACGACGUCGUCCUUGUAGUUCCCCACUAUAGACUUGGACCCUUAGGGUUCCUCUCUCUUCAAACGGAUGAGAUUCCCGGAAACGCAGGCAUGCUCGAUCAGGUCGAGGCACUGAAAUGGAUACAGAAAUACAUUUCCUUUUUCGGCGGCAACCCGAAUCAAGUGACCGUCAUGGGCGAAAGCGCCGGAGCCGUUAGCGCUUCACUUUUGAACGUCAGCCCUCUCUCCACAAAUCUCUUUCAGCAGUACAUUACUCAAAGUGGAACGGCCCUGGCCUCCUGGGGCAUUGACCCUGACCCGGUAACCGCGGCCAUCGACGUCGCCUUCCGAGCCAAUUGUACCAAUUCUGAAAUCACCGCCCUGACUCAGUGUCUGAUGACGGUUGAACCUUCAGAGCUGAAUGCAGCUUACAUGGAAUAUUUGACUGCCGAAACCAGACAAGGUCGUUCGGGCAUAGGAGGUAGUGCACCGGUGGUGCAGAAGGCCGGUUCCGUAAGAUUUUUAGAAAAAUCACCCCACGAAAUCUUUGCAUCUGGCGAUUACAACGGAAAACCGGCAAUUUUCGGUGCCAACAAGCAUGAAGGCACUCAGCCCUACUUUUUCCUGCACACUUUUUAUCUGGCACCAAGGAACCUGACCGAAGAUGUAGAAUUCCUCUCAAGAGGAGUGACCAGACUUUUUUUAAAUUUCCAUGGUGUCGGCACCGACCAAGGUGAUACUUUGGCGAUCGCCACGGAAAACACUUAUUACGGCGUGAAUAAUAUGGGAAAUCUUACGCUUCUCUGGCCAGGAAUAAUCGAUUUUUCUUCGAACAUGCAAAUUAAAGGCCCCACAUUUGGGAAUGCCGAGUUUAAUAUAGCAAAAGGUGCUCCAACUUAUCUGUACAGUUUCCACUUUGACGGCUCAAGAUCGCUGUACCCAAUUACAGCACCGUUUUCUCCGAUCCCAGGAGGGGUUUGCCAUGGUAAUGAGAUGAUUCUACAAUUCUCAAUUCCCACGUUCGGGACCAACACUGAAGAUGAAGUGGUAUCCAACCAGUUGCUAACCCUUUGGGCCAACUUCAUCACUUAUGGGGAUCCUACACCUGUAUCGAGCCCUGUGGAAGGAAUUCCGACAUGGCCGAGACUAGAGAGCCGCGACGGUUCUUAUUUGGUCAUAAACUCUACCUCCUCAAUUCUCCAAGACUACACAAGGGUGGAAUAUUUUGUCUCAAUAAACGAGAACUUCCCUAACAAUAUUAUGAAUUAAUGAUAAGGCUGAUUAAAUUAAAAAGGUCAAGUAAGUCCAAAUGUAAAUAUAAUUGAAUUUCAUCAUCUAAAAUACGAUGGAAUUUAUAAAAUGAUUAGGAAAAGAAUAAAAAUUAAAGAAAAAUAUUUAAAAAAUUAUUACUAUUAAAAAAAUAAAAAAAACCUAUUCUAAUUUAUAAUCUAAAUUUCACUGAAAAGCGCGAAUUGCCCCUCAAAUCACAGAUCGUAGACAACCUGCUUGACAACAAAGACAGUAAAAUUGCCUAUGCAAUAUUUCGUAGGCGCUAUCUGAUAUAAGCUGAUAUGCUUAAUUAAGAGAUUGUACGACUGUAAAAAUUAAAUAUAAUUGUAGCUUUCCAUAAAAUCAGUUUUUUAUGUUUCGUCUGCCUUCAUUUAAUUUAAAUGUAUAAUAAAAUAAUAAUAUAUUGACUCUGCAAUGAAAUUAAUCUAAUUAUUUGCAGCACACUGGACAUAAUUCUUUAUAAAAAUGUUUAUUGAAAUUUUAUUUAAAUCAAGUUUCACGCCUCAUAACAAUCGGAGCAAAUUUUGAUUGUUGCCGAACACACUGCAAUUUUUCUUCAACUUCCCAAUGAGAGAGCUCAAACAACAAUCAAAGUAUGUUUCAUUGUUACGAUGCGUGAACCUUAACUUAAAUUGUUUCAUUGUGUUUUCCGUUUUUUUUCUCUUGUCUUUUCUUUGAAGUUUUUCUGACAAUGAGAUUUUUUUAUGUAAAAAAAAGAUUUCCAAUUUAAUGUACAUUUUUGUAGUAUAUUGAAAAGCAUGAUCAUUUCCAUUGGUAAUUUAUCUUCACAUGAAUACAUUUUUUGUGAUGUUUCUGGAUAUUCAUUAAAACACUGGUGACUGGUGACCAUGGCAUAAUUAUUCCACCUG